GCAGGCAGCACACACUCCACUGCGCUGCACGCCACCACUCCGCUUGUCCUGGGGCCAUGGCGUCCAAGGUCCGGUUCUUCUUCAUGGCCUUCGCGGCCCUCGCCUGCCUCCUCCGUCCCGGCGCGCCCGUCGAGCUCCACCGCAAGCUCUCUGGCUGGUCCGACGGCGCCUGCGCGACGUGGUACGGCUCACCCAACGGCGCCGGGAGCGACGGCGGCGCGUGCGGGUACCAGAACGCCGUCGACCUGCCGCCGUUCUCGUCCAUGAUCGCCGCCGGCAGCCCGUCCAUCUUCCAGAGCGGCAAGGGCUGCGGCUCCUGCUACCAGGUGAGAUGCACCGGCCACGCGGCGUGCUCCGGCACCCCGGUGACCGUGGUCCUCACGGACGAGUGCCCCGACGGCGUGUGCCUGGAGGAGCCCGUGCACUUCGACCUGAGCGGCACGGCGUUCGGCGCCAUGGCGAAGCCCGGCCAGGCCGACCAGCUCCGCAGCGCCGGCCGCCUCAAGAUCCAGUACACUCGGGUGCCGUGCAACUGGAAGGGGAUGGAGAUCACGUUCGGAGUGGACACCGGCUCGAACCCGAACUACCUGGCGGUGCUGAUCGAGUACGAGUCCGGGGACGGUGACCUGCGGUCCGUGGAGCUCAUGCAGGCCGGCGGCGGCCGCGCGGCGUGGGCGCCGAUGCAGCAGUCGUGGGGCGCGGUGUGGCGCUACAACUCGGGCUCCGCCCUGCAGGCGCCCUUCUCCAUCCGCAUCACCUCCGGCUCCGGCAGGGCGGUCGUCGCCAACAACGUGAUCCCCGCCGGUUGGACCCCCGGCGGCACGUACCGCUCGGUCGUGAACUUCAACUACUGACAAGUACAAUAACUGGGUAGAUGCGCGCGCCCGCCGGCCGGCGUGUUACUGUGACGGCGGCGUGGCGCUAUUAGCUUGGUUUAUGAUUCAGGCUGUGCGUGCGUGCAGUGGGCGUAGAAUUAACGCCUGUGCAGUGUUGCGUGGGUGACAUGGUGCAACUCCGUGCGGUCGUGUUAUCGUGCAUCGCCGGAAUGGUGUGUCCGUGUCAAGUUGGGUAUGAAUAAAGUUGGAAGUGAAGUUUGGUAGCA